AGGGGGAGGGGCUGAUAUCCCAGAAGCGGCGGCGGCGGCGGCGGCGGCGGAGCUGGUGUGAGGAGGCCGAGUGGGUUGCGGGCCCCCGCAGGGCGCGGCGAGAUGGAGGUGACGGGGUUGUCGGCGCCUACAGUGAACGUUUUCAUCAGCAGCUCUCUCAACAGCUUUCGCUCCCAGAAGCGGUACAGUCGCAGCCUCACCAUAGCUGAGUUCAAGUGUAAACUACAGCUGGUUGUGGGCAGCCCUGCUUCUUGCAUGGAAUUGGAGCUGUAUGGACCUGACGACAAGUUCUACAGCAAGCUGGAUCAGGAGGAUGCACUGCUGGGCUCUUUCCCCGUAGAUGACGGCUGUCGCAUCCAUGUCAUUGACCACAGCGGUGCCCGUCUUGGGGAGUAUGAGGACAUGUCCAAGGUGGAGAAAUACGAGCUCUCACAAGAAGCCUACGACCAGAGGCAAAACUCAGUCCGCUCCUUCCUGAAGCGCAACAAGCUAGGUCGAUACAGUGAAGAAGAGCGGGCACAGCAGGAGGCCGAGAGCUCCCAGCGCCUUACCGAGGAGGCCCAGGCCGGUGCCAUCCCCGUGGGCAGCCGCUGUGAGGUGCAGGCGCCUGGGCAGCCCCCUCGCCGGGGCACCGUCAUGUAUGUAGGACUUACAGAUUUCAAGCCUGGCUACUGGAUCGGUGUCCGCUAUGAUGAGCCGCUAGGGAAAAACGAUGGCAGUGUGAAUGGGAAACGCUACUUUGAAUGCCAGGCCAAGUACGGCGCCUUCGUCAAGCCAUCCGUUGUGACAGUGGGAGACUUCCCCGAGGAGGACUACGGUUUGGACGAGAUGUGAUGCCCAAGGAAGGGCACACCCCCUGCUCCAGCUAACUCACCUACUUAUUGCCCUUCCCUGUGUGUGUCCAUGGCCCUCUCCCCAUGACCCCGUUUUUAUUUUAUUCACUUGACCCCCGCCAUUGACUUUGAGACACAUGUAUUAAAUUUGCCGCAAACCUGGGAA